AUGACAUCUAGCAAUGAUGACAUUUGGAAAACAAAUAAAAAACAGCAGCAGCAGCAGCGAUCUGUUUGGUAUUAUCAAUUAGAAGAAGCAUUUCAGCAUUUUUAUAUGCAAUUUUUAUUGACAACGACGCUCUAUGUUAUGGAGCCAUGGGAACGAGUUCUUGUCAUAAGCAUGCUUCUUCUGAUUAUUUCACUUUUUACCUAUUCAGCCUUUAUUUUCAUUCCAUUUCAUGUUCAUAAUAUCUUAAAAUCGGCGAUGUCAACUGCGCUGAAUGUAUAUAUACAUUGA